AUGCCUCCUCUCGCAACAGCACAAACGAUUCAAGAUCAUCCUUAUCAUAAAACUACUUCAAAUGAUGAACAGUCGAUGUGUAACAGCCACAAUCUCAACAGCAGUUCUGAGCCGAAAACUCUAUACGCGACAGUAAAAUUUUCGGAUGAUCUAACCAUUGAUAUCCUGGUGCCAACACUCAAAGAACUCUUGGAAAUAAAAACAGAAAACAGCUCUCUGCAGAAAUCUUUGGUUAACGAUCAAAUCGAUGAAAGCGCAUUUGGGUUAUUUCGACUUGCAUUUGAGAACGAAGUUUAUAAGAAAAGAAUUCCUACAAAAUUAUGGGGAAAAUUCGCAGCGGUCGGAAAGGAAGCUUGGGGAAAUGCAAAUGGGAUAUAUCGGGAUGCUUUUGUUAAACUCGUUGAGUUAAUUUUUCAUGAUGAAUAG